CUGCGCCUGGGGGGCUCGGCCGAGGCGCUGGGGGGGGCCCAGCGCUCACUGCACCUCCCUGACCCCGUGCUGAGGUUCUGCCUCACCCUGUCCCACCUGAACCGCGCCCUGUUCCUCGCCUGCGACAACGUCCUGUGGGCCGGCAAGAGCGGGGUCCUGCCCGGCCUCGACACGCACAAGUGGAGCCAGAGGUCCUUCAGGUAUUACCUGUUUGCCCUGGUGGUGAACCUGAGCCGGGACGCCUACGAGCUGCGGGUGCUGCUGGAGCGCGCCGAGGGGGCCGGGAGGCGCGGGAAGAGCCCGGAGAAGCUGCCCCAGCCCCAGCCCGACGGGGCUGGGGGGAUCCAGCGGCUCCGGCUGCGGCUGCAGCUCCAGCUCCGGCUGCUGCUGCGGGUGCUCCGGGACAACCCCCCGCUGCUGCUGGACCUGCUGAGGAACGCCUGCGACCUGGUGAUCCCGCUGGACAGGCUGGGGCUGUGGCGGAGCGGCCCGGCCUUGGUGGGGCUGUGCGGCCUGGCCUCGUCCGUGCUCUCCAUCCUCACCAUCCUCCACCCCUGGCUCAAGCUGAAGCCGUAGCCGUGCCGGGAGCUUCCCCUGGGACUGGC